AUGCAAUUGAAUGACAAUCUGCAUUGGCUGUGUGAAUUAAUGUUAAAUUCAUUUGAGGUUACUGUAAAUGAUAAACUGAUUUUUUCAAAACUGAAAUGCGGUGGUUUCCCAGAUACAGAAGCCAUUAUUUCUGAGUUGAUUGCAAUAACAAACGGUGAAACACCAAAAGAGGUGACCAAGUGUAAACCACCACCUGAAUGCAGUAUUCUUUAAGUCAACAUUACUGUCUUUCUCUUUCCCUGCUUGCGUGUGUGUGUAUGCAUGGAGUGAAUAAGCAGGCAGACGAAAGUUCAAACAAAAAAGACAAAUUAAUGACGUGUACAAAGCAAAAUAAUCUUUUAACCUUUGUACACCGAUGAAAAAAUUGUCUUACUUUCGUCCUCUUUUAUGCUUAUUCUCUCCUGCUUCAUUGUUUGUUUCCAUUGAGUGAUGAAUACCUACCACCAAUUGUGUAUGGAUUGUCGUUUUUCGUCGCCGUCUUCUUCUUCUUUUUUAGCAUCUCCUGUUUCACAAACUUUCUUUCUCCACUCACCUUUCCAUUUUGUGAUAGUCGAUUGUUGAAAUGUUUAGUAUUUCUAAUUUGUGAUUUGUUAUUCCAUUGAACAGUGAUAUAUGAUUAAUUAAGGUGUCUCUUUCUUUGCAUAAAUUAAAUUUAAAAAUAUAAGAUGAAUUUUUCUAUAUGCUUAGUUUUAAUUCCCUUACGGAG